AGAGGCAAAGCGAGAGGAUUUACUCAGCCCAAAAUCUGUCAGUGUGAGAUAAGUGUUCUUGUUUUACCUUAGUGGAGAUAAGCCUUUUUUUCUAUUGAGGUCUAUAAGAGUUUCGAAUACCGUAAGGCUUAAUUGAUCGAAUAGAAGUUUCGCAAUGUUUAGUCUGUUAAAAUGUACUGAUAUAAUUGGAGGCACGUGGAAUUCUGACAACUUUGAGAAAAACGACUUUGUUUUGCCUGUUGUUCACACGCGUAUCUGCCCUCUCAUCGACUAGAAUUGUCCCAGCUGUUCGCGCCUGCCUUCGAUCACUGAGCACAUUUCCAUUGUUUAGAGCGGUCACUCAGCUAUCUUGUCAAUAUAUUACAUUAUCUUCGUUACCAGGCGAACCAGCGGUUGGUAACGGGCUCACUCAGUGUUGGAAAUGCAGCCGCCACUCCCACCAGAUGAAGUCAGGGAGCUGGUGUGUUCCUGUCUUCACAGGGACCCAGUAGCUGCUGACCUGAGAUGCAGCUUGUUUGUUGCUGCUGCUCAGAGCUACAAGAGGGACUCACUGCUCAGACCCUACCCCCCCAGAUACAUCAGAGACACUGACACCAAGGAGUUUGAUGAGCUGCUGUCAGAUGUGAGCAGUUUGCCUGGUGUGAGGGAGCUGGUGAGAUUGAGACCUGGCAAAGCUGACCAUCAUCUGGCCCUCACUCACUGGGUUCUCUUCUCCAAGAGCUUCGCUGUGAAGACACUACAGAAAGACGAGUAUGUCAAGCUCUGUAACCUGACAGAGGCUGAGGGGAUCUCCACGCCGGUCCCGGACUUUCUAUUUGAGCUAGAGUACUGCGACCAGAUGAACGUUAAGUUUGAGAAGACGCGGGCGGGACGCGACCUCUUCUAUGCAUUCCACGGCAGCCGACUGGAGAACUUCCAUUCUAUCAUACACAACGGACUACACUGCCACCUCAACAAGACAUCAUUGUUCGGAGAGGGCACCUACCUCACCAGUGACCUCAGCAUGGCGGUCCUCUACAGUCCCCAUGGCAACGGUUGGCACGACAGCCUCCUGGGACCGUUGCUAAGCUGUGUCGCCAUGUGUGAGGUCAUUGACCACCCAGACGUCAAGUGCCAGGUAAAGAGGAAAGACUCGGAGACCAUUGACCGGCAGCGAUCCAGAGCCAGGAACAGUGAAGGAGGAGAGGUCCCUCAGAAGUACUUUGUGGUCACCAACAAUCAGCUGCUCCGAGUCAAAUACCUGCUAGUGUACUCUCAGAGAAGACACCUGUCCAGACAUUCCCAGGGCAGGUCGUGGCUGGUCAGACAUCACUUUGCCAUUAUGAUGAGUCUCUACCUACUGCUUCUCAUCUUCAUCGGUACCUUCAACUCCACCACAUUCCUCUCCUUCUGGAACCGGCUCUUCCGGUGACGUCAUGGUGCUUUUCCACUUCAGCCCAAGAUGGUCCAGCCUGAGGCUUCCUAUGGGCUUAAACCCUGGGGUUUUACGAGGGAAAUUGUUUCCUUUCCAACCCUUGGGCUUGACCCUAAGGCACGAGUGUGAAACUCAUUCCACGGAGUGCCGUGUGUCUGCAGGUUUUCGCGCCUCCCUUGUACUUGAUUGAUGAAUUAAGGUCACUGAU